AAUUGGCAUCCACUUAAUUGAACGGCCAUUCCGUUCCAUAAAUGAUCAUAAUUUUGAGUCGUGUGUUGGCGCACACAAAAAACCCUAGGUAUAUGACAGAUGUCGUCUGUGCACGGAAAUGUAGACAUCCGAUAAGAUUACAACGGAGAGUGAAGAAUGUCCGACUGCAUCUCCGGGCUGUUCCGCGUGACUAACGCUUGUGCAACAGCUACAGUCUGGUCUCCGUCUCUGGGACAUAAAUCAGAGACCACCUGCAUCCUCAGGGCACAUAAAUCAUGGAUCAGAAGAGCCACACAGAUUAGUCUGGUAUGCGAGAAAUUUGCAUUGCUAAAUGCCACAGCUCCAGAGGAAUGCAGCUCCGAUGACGAUCGGUACUUGGGGUCUUUUAUCUAUAUUUGAUCUCAGACAAUGCCGCAUAUUUGCCGGGCGCUGGCCUCUAGCUCUACCUCUGCCGCUGCCGCUGCCUAGAGGCCAAGAGCGAUAAACCUUGCGCUGUUUGCACGCCCAAAUCCAAACAGAAACGGAACAGCACACAGCAGAGAUACCUUCUCGCGGCUCGGCUCCAUCAAUGUGACAUCUGCUGCUCCAUUAUCUAGCGACUUGCGGGGAAAAGCAAACAAAAACAUUGUAAAAACGCGCUAGAUAAUCUCCAGGAAAUUUGCCACUAAUCUUAGAAGACUAAUUGUUGGAUUUAAAUGGGAAUCGAAACAAUGCACAUGCUCGGGUAACCCCUGGAAUAGUCCCAGGCCCCCUCCCCACCCACAGGCCGAGUCGCGUGUGCCUGGCGUGGCAUGGCAUGGCGUGCAUUGAACUGACUUCCGUCUGGAGGCACGGGUCUCUCGGGGCAUGGGAAUGGGUCCAGAUCAUCGCAGUAGUAGCGGCUCCCUUGCCAUUAGCGGGCCAUCAAUUGUAAUGGGUCCGUGUUCUAUCAUUCCCACCCCGCGACACCAGCAUUUUCAGAUCCAAUUACAAUUUCAAUUGUCUCGCCCGCUGAAAUGUUUGGCAUUUGGCAUGCCUGAUAACCGGGAACUCUCUGUUGUUUCCGUCGUGUGAUUUUGUUUGAUUUUUGUUUAUCACUCGCGAAAAUUGAUUUGUUAAUUUGCACAGCUCGUUGGCGACCCAUUAGCACGCCACUUGAUUGGAUUGGAUUUAGCACCUGACUGCGAAAUUAGCCGCCACAUUUUAAUGGACCAUCAUCGGCAUAUGCCAGUAGUUCCCAUAGCAUUGCCCUUUGUGGGCGGGAGAACGAUUUCUGGCCUCUGCGCUUCGAUGAUUUGCAUUUUGUCUGGCAGUACGAAUGAAUCUAUUCGAGAUGACGACAGCAAAACAAAACUAGUCACACGACCAGAUCGCUCGAAAUUACCAUUCCGAUGACUCGGACUCGGACUCGGAAUAUGCUUUACAUUUAAAUCAUCAUCGCCAGCAGCAGCAGGGGUACCCAAGCAUGGAGGGGGACUAUUACUUUAAUAGAAGGUGCUUUACCCUCUCGAGCGUUAGAUGUCUUCUGUGAAACCCCAUACUUCCCGGUCUUCUCUUCGCUGAAACUCCAAUGCAAAAACUUUCCUUUCAGCUCUUGAGUACCCCUCUGAUGAUGGUGUGCGUAAAAAUAUACAAACGACAGAUGCUGAAGUGCUUUUUCUUCUUUUUUUCAGCUGGUUAUAUCUACAUUUCGUUUUGUUUUCUUCUGGCCCGGUCAUGUGACCAAAAUUAAUUCAGUUUCGCUGCCAUUUCUGCGGUUAUUGCCGCCAUAAAAGCAACAAGCGUCUCCGCCGACCCGGGUCCCUUUGGAUCGGAUACGAUCACGUGAGAGAGAAUCGCUUUGGCCAGGUCCAAGCGGAUAUUCGCUUACUUGUUUUUCUCGUGUGGCUGGAGGGGAGGUUUUUGGAUGAUCUGCGGGUCUGUUUUGCUGGACAUGCCCCUGGCAUUUGGCUUUGGCUGCCAUUGAGCCUGGGUCCCUGACAUCCAUUACAGGGGGACUUCCUCGACUCUGACCUCAGACGUCGCCGAGUGUCGUCUCGCAGAUAAAUAUCGACAUGAUAUUCGAGCAUGAACACCCGACUUGGAUACCCGACCGACGGGUUUGAGUCACGUGAAGCCUUACUUCGGCGUUCGGGUACUUUACACGCCUCAAUGCAGGCCGCUGCACACGAGUGCCAAGACUGCCAAGAUUGCCAAGAGGGGGUGGAGGUGAUAAGCUUGCGUAAUGCUUAAGCCUCAUACAAUUGACCGAAUGCUCAAUUAACAGUUUGUUUGUUUGUUUGCCAUUCAUUGUUCGGGGUUCGCCGCUGUUUGCCUUUCGAGAUCUGCCUAUAGACUCAGAUGCAGUUGCAGUUAUAAUCACAUUCUCUGGAACGUGCUUUCCAUAAGCAAGUACAUAUCUGGAGCAAGCAGUGCAUACAGAUCGACAAGCCUUUCCGCCGUUGGGGGAGGCCAUUCCACUCCACUCCCCACUUCCCACUCCAUACUCCACGUGAUUGCGCUUAUCAAACAGGCAAACACCUUGGGAUUCCAUGGUGCCCCCUCCCCCGACUAUAGCUGCCGAAAUCUGGACCCGCUCAAGGGCCUAGAGAGAUCACAAAUCUCUCCAAAGGUAGGCCGCCUACGCACACUCAAGAUUUAUGCUGGCCAACAAGACGAAUAAGCCUCCCAGACAGCCUCCCAGCAUCUGUUGGCCACGGUUAAUUGCCGUCUAACCAAAAAACGAGAUAGAAGGGUGAAGAGAAACAGCAGAGACAAACAGAGAAUCAGUCAAAACAAUUAUCCGCACGCCAGCGAAAUUAAAAGCGAAUUAAAUGUGCUCAAAAAUUAUAAUUGUCUGACUCUCGGGUUAGUUAUGCACAUUUAAUUGUUCUAUAAUGUUCCCCGUUCCUCUACGGGGGGGUUUUCGCUGUCCCACUGCGUAUGAGUAACGCGAAUUGCCCCUCCGAGUGUUACAUAUCUGAUUAAGCCACAAAAUCCACACUGAACGGGCGACUGAACUUAUAAAUAUUCGCGGGGAAUGGCGUGAAAGUAUCGCAGAGAACAGAUCGAUCAGAGAUCAAUGCGAAUGGAUCCCAGGGCGGGGGGUACUCUCACCCACAUUCCAUAGAAGACCGCCAGAGAAGGGCAGGCAAUCGUCGGCUUACGCUUACUCUGAGAAAAAGGUGUCUGUUUUCCAUUAGUUUGAUCGCUUUCAGCUCUGCGCAAUAGAUCAGCCGCUGGACGCGUGUUCCCCAUUUGGUGGGAGACUUUGUUCCGUAUCGAAGAUGAUUUAAUAUGCGAUUAAUAACAAAGAGGGGCACCAUUUGGAGACAAGGUCUCCGGGGCAGAGUCUGAGUGGAAAAAACCCCCCAGGAAGGGAUUCCACUUUUUGUUACUUUAUGUUCUGAAUUCUGCAGAAAAUUCUUGGUAUGCAAAUGCGCAAAAGAACCGCAAAAAAAAGACACGACCAGAACUGCAGUCCGGCAAUUCCCAUUAAAGUCGUAGCAAGAUCUAUGGAUCGCUCUACCGAACCGCGAAUCUCAUUUAAUUGGCAAUUGAGUUAUUCCACUUACAGCCGAUAGAUGGAUGGGCAGACUGACGGACUAAUAAUAUGUACUGUGGCAGCUCGACCGGUUUGAGGCGAUGCCGAAAUAGUGGGAGAACUAGUAGAGGGAGCCCGCCGUCAGCUAAAUUCCGGCUUUUAUCUCAGCCGUACUCGUACGAUUGAUUUAUGGAGCGCGCACACUUCAAACUGAUUUAUAUGCUCUUACGGCUGAUUGAUUUCCCGUGCCGACAAGCAGCGACGAAAGCGAUAGACGGUAGCCGAUAGCCGAUAGCCCACAGGCAGUAAAGAUAGCCUGCGCCUGUGGCGCUAUGGCCCCCUUUCAUGGGGUACUUUCAAGAGGAUACACAAUUCGGUCAACAGAGAAGCUUUGAACAAACCAUAUUGCAUAGAUUCACUCCGUAAUCACCCAAGUUCGCGCCCUUCUAUGGCAGACUCCCACCUUCCCUUAGAACAAGUGAUGCAAUCGAAUGCAAUUGCAUCAAAGCAAACAAUUCGGAUCGUAUUUGCAUUUGCAUUUGCAUUAAAGCAAUGAUGUGGAAAUCGGCUUGGAUGGGGAAGCCUGGGAAUCUGCUGGGUUUGUGCCUCCAAUCUCCAUCGUGGGGCGUGAAAAUCCUAUCGAUUAGCAUGGAAUGGAAUGCGACGGCUGCUCAGGUUCCCAUGUUCGGGGCCAGCACGUGCAGAAAAUCACAGCAAAAGUUGUUGAUUUUCCAAGCAGGCAGCAAGGGGAACCUGGGAAGGUGGCUAGGGGAUACCCUGUAGAAAUGGGUAAACCAGCAACAUCUCUUAGAAAAAUACUAGAACCGCACAGGGAAUGCCGUGUAUAUCAGAGUCAGAGACUUCCUUACAGCUCCCCUGCGUUUGUCGACUCGUGUAUGUAUACCUUAUGCACUAUAUUUAUAAGGUUAAUGGAGGAUUAACAUAGGUGACACACACCAAACUAGUGGGGUUCCACGGGUUCAGAAGAACUUUCUGGUGGGUAUGGGACAGCUCGGCUUGGAAGUUGAAUAUGGGAACACGAUUCCAUUACAGUUGGAGUUUCCCUCUGGGAAAUCUGCGCCUUUUUCCCACAAAAGUCUCGACUUACAGCCGUGUCCGGGCAGCCCCUGAUUCCGUCCACAUAUGGGGGUUAUUGUGGUCUGCGUCAUUUACAUUUCUUCGGGCAAUUACACGGUGAAAAGCCCCCCCCUCCCACGCUCGGCCGACAGGCGGGCGCUCGUCGAGAGCCGGUUUGGGGCGUGUGGUUAACGCUGGAGGAUGGUGACAGAGGGAGGGGGGUGCAGCGGCGAUAACGAAAGCCGGCGGAUAGUCUCGAAAGCGCUGCCGCUGCCAGCGACUCUUUAUAAUCAGUUCCCAGCAGUCGGCGGACUGUUAGUCUGCUGCCGUUUCUGCCGUUGAAGCUGGCUCUUGCCCGAUCUCUGCGACAGUUUUCGAUUCAUUCCCCCAGUGGACGGGCACGCGAAUAGUUCGCUUCGCUUCGGUACAUUUCGGUUCUACUCCAGCCUCCCAGCCUCAAAGCUCCAGAGAUCGAAGAUCAAUCAGUGUUGCUCCAACAGUGAAGUGUUCCCGUGAGAGUGCCAUGUGGCCAUAGAAGCUACAAGAAGACAGAGAAAAGGAACAGACAAGAAGACACACCAAAAUACUAGUACAACAUCCAUCCAGAAUGACGCGCAGCGAGGACAACGGCCACACCAAUGGGGCCUUCAACGAGGACUCUGAGGUGUCCCUGGACAUCCCCACGAACACCCUCUAUCACACGUCGCGCGACUGCAUCGUACAGGAGGAGCAGUCCGGGGAGUCGGAGAGCUGCCUGGAGGCCUCGAGGGGCUGCUGCCGGAGCCUGUGGCACAACAUCUUCCGCAAGAAGACGCUGUACAAGCGCUUCCCCAUCCUGACGUGGCUGCCGCAGUACAAGAAGGACUACAUCUUCGGCGACCUUGUGGCGGGCAUCUCGGUGGCGCUGACGGUGAUUCCCCAGGCCCUGGCCUACGCGGGCAUAGCGGGGCUGGACCUGCAGUACGGUCUGUACGCCUGCUUCCUGGGGUGCUUCAUCUACAUCUUCAUCGGAUCGAGCAAGGACGUGCCCAUCGGUCCCACGGCCAUCUCGGCGCUGCUCUCCUUCCAAAUCGCGGGCGGGAGCUGGCAGAUCGCCACGCUGCUCACCUUCCUCACCGGCAUCAUCGAGAUCCUGAUGGGCGCGUUCCGGCUGGGCUUCCUCAUCGACUUCGUCUCGGGACCAGUGGGGGCGGGCUUCACCAGCGCCGUCUCCCUGAUCAUCUUCAGCUCCCAGAUGAAGGACUUUCUCGGGAUACAGACCAGCGGCAACACCUUCCUGCAGGUGUGGAUCAGCAUCGUGAACGACAUCCACAACAUCAGCUGGCCGGACUUUAUCCUCGGCCUCAUUUGCAUCACACUGCUCCUCAGCCUGCGCGCCCUCGCCAGCUGCAGCGUCGGCCCCAAGGAGGGAAAGUCCUCCGGCCAGUCGCUCCUCACGGGGAUCUUCUGGACGGUGGGCACGGCCCGGAACGCUCUUCUCGUCUGCGGCACUGCAGGUCUAGGGUACUGGCUCUCGGUUAGCGGCCAGGAGGAUCUCGUCCGCACGGUGGGAUUUGUGCCCAAGGGCAUGCCCUCCUUCCAGCCGCCGCCGUUCCACAUCGACGCUGUUGUGAACGAGACCACCGGCGAGGUGCUGGUGGAUGGCCAGAGCUUCUGGGAUAUGGUCAGCACUCUGGGCUCGGGCCUCAUUGUCGUCCCGCUGAUUGCCCUGCUCGAGACGAUGGCAGUGGUCCAGGCCUUUGCCGAUGGCAAGCCCACAGAUGCCACGCAGGAGCUGAUUGCCUCCGGGGUCUGCAACGUGGCCAACUCCUUCGUCCAGGGUCUGCGCAGCAACGGAGGCAUUGCGAGGGGCGCCAUCCUCAAUGCCAGCGGAGUGCGCACCCAGCUCUCGAACCUGUACACCAGCGUGAUCGUGAUCAUCGCCCUGCUCUACCUCACCCCCUGCUUCUACUACAUCCCAAAGGCUGCCCUCGCCUCCAUCAUCAUAGCAGCCGUCGUCUUCAUGGUGCAGUAUCGAGUGAUCAAGCCCAUGUGGCAUAGCAAAAAAACCGAUCUCAUUCCCGGCCUGGGCGCCUUCUUUGCCUGUUUGGUCCUGCCUCUGCAGCUGGGCAUCCUCGUGGGCAUCGGCAUUAAUGUGGUGUUUAUCCUCUACCAGGCGGCCCGUCCCAAGCUGCGGAUCGAGACGUUGGCGACAUCGAAUGGCCUGAAGUAUCUGAUGCUCACGCCCGACCGCUGCCUGAUCUUCCCCUCGAUGGAGUUCGUCCGCAAGGUGAUCAACAAGCAGGGGGUCAAGUCCACCUUGCCCGUUGUGAUCGACUGCACCCACAUCUACGGAGCGGACUUCACCGCCGCCAAGGUCAUUUCCACGAUGGUCAUGGACUUUGCCCAGCGCCAGCAGCCGCUGUUCUUCUACAACCUCCAGCCGCGCGUGGCGCAGGUCUUCGAGGGCCUCAACAAGGACCUGGUCGUGAUCUACGACCUCACCACGCUGCACUCCAAGCUGGCGGAGAAGGGCUCGGCCUGAGCCGUUUGAAAUGCGAUCUGCUGACCGCUACAACCUCGUCACACUUAGUCUCUGCUUAGUCGCAGUCUCAGUCUUAGGUUAGUCUUGCCAGCCCCGCCGAGGCCACCGACUGGUCGCCCACGCACAUGGCCAAAGUCGCGUCGACAGUAAGAUUUCACAUGGCUCGCAGCUUAAUUAGCAUUAAAGUUGGGCCAAUCCUCCAUUGUCGCCUAGUUUAGGUAUACGCAUAUUUAUAUUUAUUUUACAUUUGUUCGUUUCGCACCUUGGCCUCUGCCGAAAUAUUUGCGAAUUUUGUUGAGCGAAAUCCAAGUCCCACCCCCACGAUAUUACUGCUGUGCAUAGUAUUAUAUUGAAAACCAAUAGCCAACGAUGAGUAUUAUGAUAAGUACUUAAUUAAAGCCAGAAAAUGAACAGUAAAA